UUACACGAUUAUUUCAUAUACUCUCAGUGUUUUCACUUUUAAUAUGACCCUGCGAUUACAACGUCUAUUCGUUGUAAUUGCUGAAAUAUAUAAAUGUUUUCCUGUGCUUGUCCGACGAUGAUGAUCAGUGUCCAUUUCCUGUUCCUUGUUAAUUUAUUUAAAAAUAUAAUGUUUGCAUUUUUUAAUAUUUGAUAUUAAGCCAUCGUGCCAGCAUGGCACAGACUGUUGCUGAAGAGUACAAAUCAUCUUUAAGUGAUCUAAACUUUAAUAGCAAACCUCACAUAAAUAUGUUGACGAUGUUAGCUGAAGAAAAUAUUCGGCACGCUUCAGUAAUUGCAGAUACUAUUGUACAUCAUAUAAAUACGGUGACGCCAGAAUUGAAGUUACCAGGCCUUUAUCUUGUGGAUUCUAUCAUAAAAAAUAUUGGAGGGCAGUAUCUGAAAUUAUUUAGCCAACAUUUGAUUAGUCUUUUUUCAUCUGUAUUUGAAAAGGUUGAUGAAGGGACAAGAAGCCUGAUGUUUAAAUUACGUCAAACUUGGAAUAAUAUUUUGCCCAACAAAACUCUGUAUGGCUUAGAUGUUCAAAUCCGGAAACUGGAUCCAGCAUGGCCAGUUACUGCAAAACCAGUAAUUAAACCUGUUCAAGGUAUUCAUAUUAAUCCAAGAUUUCUGGGUGGAACUACAUCUGUGGAAAAUCCUGCCAUGACUGCUCUGAAAAAAGAAGAAGAAUCAACAUCAAAUGUAUUUAAGAAAGAAGAAACUCUGCAGCCUGCAGUGCCUAAGAAAGAAGAGAAGGAAACAAAACAUCAACAGGAUGAGGCAUUAAAGAAGAUGUCAGCAAAUAAGGAGAAACCAAGUAUUUUGGAAAAGAAACUAGAAUUGGCUACUAAGAAAAAAACUGAUCUAGUUACAGCAAUGGGGUCUUUGUUACAAAAUUUCAAGCAAGGUACUGUUAAAGAUCUACCUUUGGUUAAAAUAGACAAAGUAACUCACCAGUCUCUUCCUUGCAAGACUAAUAUUUUGAAAUCUGAUGCAAGUAAGACAAUGUUCAGUUCUGGAACCAUUCAACCUUCUACUGCUGUUCCAGUUUCUAAAGCAGAGUGUUCUAAAGGGAUUUCUGGAAACAUUCAACUUUCCACUGCCAUACCAGUUUCUAAAGCAGAGGGUUAUAAAGCAAGUUCUGGAACCAUUCAGCCAUUUUCUGCUGUUCCAAUUUCUAAAGCAGAAUCUUCUGCAGUACACAACUUAGCCAGUAAAAGUGGUGUUCAAAAGAUGACUGGAGUAAAAGUUGUGAGAAAGAAAAUGAAUCCAAGCUUAGUAGAUAAAGUUCCAGAUAGGAAAAAAAGUGAGAAUAUUAACCCUGUUAAACAUAAAACAAGUAAUGCCUAUAAUAAAAAUAAAACUGCAGAGGAGACUAAGAAAAUUUCAAGUAACAAUAAAAGUACUGAGGAGAUUAAAAAAGUGUCUAAUAACAGCAAAAAUACAGAAGAGACUAAGAAAGUUUCUAGUAACUGUAAGUUUAAAAGUCCACAAGAGUGUAAAAAUAAUUUUGGGGACAAUAAAUGCAAAGUUGAAGAGGAUUCUAGGAAAAUAGCUUAUGAAAGCAAGUGUCUAAAUACUAAUAGAAUUGAUAAUCCUUCAGCUAAAUUUUCCAAAGCUAUUAAAGAUGAGUACAAAAUUCCAAAGUGUUCACCCGAAAAAAAGUUAUUGAAUUCUGAUAAAAAACAGUUACCUCCAAUUUCGGCUAUUUCUAAAACUGUGCCUCAGGUACAUGAAGGUUUACAGCCGAAAUUUGUUAAAAAGUCUACAAAAGCAAAACGUCAUUCUGAUUCAUUAUUUGAGAAAGAGGAAGUAUAUAAAAAAAGCAGAAAUAAUGAAGAAUCCAUCAUAAAACUAGAAAAACCAUCAGUUCUGCAUAAAGCAUCUGAUUUUAGCAAACAGUCUUUUGAUCAGUCAUCAGAAAAUGCAGAAAACCUUACACCUAAAGAUGAAGACUUGCGUUUGUAUUAUCCACAAUUUCAGAAGAGAAGUUCAAGAGGUAAGGUUAUGAAGAGAAUGAAUAAAAUUUGUGAUAGUAAAGAUGUGUGCGAUGAUCAGAGUGCUACUCCUGCAAAAAAAUUGAAAUCUUCAAGUAAUAUAAAGUCUGAAUGCGAGAUGCAAGAUGAGCCUGUUUUGUUUGGUACAAAAGAUCAAGAUCAGAGACGGCUGCCUAUAGAUUUUGGAGAUUCUAAUGCCAAAGGUUGGGCACAGUAUAAAGCUGCCCAUCCUGAUGAAUAUAAAAGUCCAGGAUCUGUUAGAGAUAGCCUGGAAGAAAGAUUAAAACAGAGAAGGUUUUCAUCCUCUGAAUCUGGUGAUGGUUUUUUCUCUCCUAUGCGCCCUCGUUUACAAAGAGGAAGAAAUUCUUCAGGAUUUGGAAGUCGUCGGGGUCAUUUUGUAAGAAGUCGAGAAAGAUUCCCUUCAUCACAUGUUGGUUCUGUAAUGCUUGAUCCUCAAAUUAUACUUCAACAAGCUGAAGAUAAAUAUCGUAAUGGAGUGAUCUCAAAAUACGAAUAUUUAGAUUUAUGUCAUCAUUUGCAAAAAGUAUUGGAAUGCAGUCAGCAGAAUCUGUAUUCAGAUUUAAUUUCCCAAACGCAGAAUUUGAACAGCAGUAAGAUGAAAAAUCAUGAAUUCUCAAAUCCACAGAAGCUGAGAGCAAAUUUAGAACAUGAAAUAAAUUUUCAACCUCAGACUAUGAAAUUUAAAAAUACUCUGCCAUUGCCAUCUGCUGUUAAACCUUUUAAACUUGACAAUAAAAUGAGGUUGGUUCACUUUGUGAAUAAUAAAGCACUUGUUGUAUUGGAUAAUAACGAACCAAGAGAAUUGACAUUUGAAGGUGAACCCAGAGAAGUCUAUGUUGAAGGAUUGGCAGAGCCAAUAAUCCUGGGAUUUGAUGGAAAACCAGUUGAGUUUGAAGUAAAUGGAAAACGGCAUAGUAUGAAGUUUGGUACUCCAGCUAGAGAAAUAUACAUUAAUGAUUAUCCUUAUGAAGCAAAAUUUGGCGGUCCACCGUUUGAAGCUAGGCUGGAUGAUGGCCAGAUUUAUAACAUUCGUCUCAGCGGCCCACCACCUCAGGUUGUUGUUGGUGAUAAACCAGAGUAUGAAUUAUUUGCAAAAACUCAAGGUGGAAACAACCCUUUGCAUAAGAAAUCUGAAUUUUCGGAUUCUAAAAUGGAAACCAAAUAUCAGUUUUCAGAAUCUUCAACUGGUUCAGUACUUCAAGAUGUUGAUAUGCGUAUUAAGCCAGAAAAUAUGAAAAUGUUACAGGACAAUAUACCUAGUGAUAAUGAUAUGAAGGAUGUUGAUUGGAGGAAAAUUCCCCCUUUAAAUGAAGCAGCUAAUACAAUGAGUCAGCCAAAAAUAUGGAGUGAUCAUGCCAGUGGUAAUUAUGAAAACUGGAAUGAAGAUAAAACAGAUUUAUCUGAUGUUAAGAGAAACUUAAACAAGAGAGAAAUUGGACAGGUUUCAGUUGACCACCUAGAUAGACAGCAAAUGGAAUUUGAUGAUGUGUCUUCAGUUCAUGGAUGGAAAGAGCCUCCUUCUUACUCUGAUGUAAAAUUAAGUGAAAAUCUACACAAUACAAAACCUCAUCAUAAGUGGGAAAACAACCAGCCCUAUGAGCAAUCAGAUAAAGUAAACUGGGCACACAAGGAUUAUAGAGACUCCAGAUUUCUUGGUAAUCACCAUCCAAAGGCUGAUGAUACUGAUCAUCUUGAACAUGUUUCUUCCGUUCAGCAUACUGAACAUAACUGCAGUUCUGAUAUUCAGCAUACUGAACACAGUUCAGCUCAUCAUCCUAUAGAUAGCUCAUCUACACCCUAUCAUGAGCAUGCUCCUGCUGUACAUCAUCUUGAACAUAGCUCUACUGCCUUUCAGGCCAAACGUGGUUCUGAUUCUCAUCAUUCUAAACAUGGCGGCUUUGUUCAUACCGAAUGUGUACCUCCUGUUUAUCAUUCUGAAAACAAACCUCUUUAUCGUCAUGAACCUUCCACAUAUCAUCCUGAACGUGAGCCUCCUGUUCUUCAUUCUAAAGGUGAACAUCCUAGUCAUCAUGAACGAGUGCCUCCUCUUUAUCAUCCUGAACCAAGGCUUGCUGUGGAUCAUUCAGAAUGCAGUUCUGUCAAGCAUCAUGUAGAACAUGGGCAUACUAUCCAUCAUUCAGAAUGUGGCGCUCUGUUGCCUCAUCUAGAACCUGGCUCUGGCAUUCAUCAUUCAGAACAUAGCAUUACCAGGCAUAACUUGGAACAUAGUUCUACAAUGCACCAAUCAGAACAUGGGCCUGCCUUGCAUUAUAUGCAACACCACCCUGCUCAUCAUCAUCCAGAGCAAGCGCCUGCUAUACACCAUGCAAAACAUGCUGUUGCUACACAUCCUCUGGAACAGGUCCCUGCUAUGCAUAAUUCAGAAUAUGUACCUACCAUGUCGCAUACACAAGGUCCUGCUGCGCAUUGUCUGGAGCAAGAGGCUGCCAUGCAUCAUCUAGAAAAUAAUCCUCCCAUUCAUCAACCCGAACAAGGUCCUCCUAUUCACCACCCUGAACAAGGCCCUCCUAUUCACCACCCUGAACAUGGUUCUAUACAUAUUAGCCAAGGCAAUAAUCCUGAACAUCUUGAAAGCAAUUUAUAUGAUUAUGAUUCUAGACAUAUUCAUCAGCGUAUGUCAUGUCCUCCAAGGCCUCCAUUCUUUAAUCAUCGAGUAAGAUUACGUCUGCGCGGUGUUAGAUAUGGUGCAUGGAUUCAUCCAAACUUUAGAGAAAGGAGUCAUGAUUUGUUCAUUGGAUCAAGUCGGAGACCAUUGCUGAGAGAUCCUCAACCGCACAGAUAUAUUAGACCACCAUGUCCAUUGUUACCUCUGCCAAGAUUUCAUGCUCCAGAUUCUGUUUCCAGAGGGGCUCUUUUACCUUUGCCAAAUAUAACAAAAAAUGUGCCAAUGGAGUUUCCAAGUGAGCCAAAUAUUGCAUCUACAAGUAGUUUACCAUCAAUUUCUACUGAAGGUGAUGUUAAUUUUGCAUCAGGUGAAUGUGAUUUGCCAGUUGAUGUUGAAUCCCUUCUAGAAAAGCUAGUUGCUGCUGGAAUAAUAACUUCGAAACCAUAUGAAGAAUCUUCUAAUGAACCUAAAAGUAUUGCUGAGUCAGAAACAAAGGAAGAGAAAGAAAAUGAUGUUGCAGAAGAGGAAUCAGUUCCUGAUAUUGAAUUGAAGUCUGAAAGUCUGAGAGUGUAUUAUCCCAGUGUUAUAGCCUUACUAUACAAAGGAUCACAGUGCUGUACUUGUGGUUUGAGGUUCAAAGAACUUCAGAGUGACCAGUAUAGUCGCCAUUUAGACUGGCAUUUCCGAAUGAAUAGAAGAGAAAAAGAGGGCGCUAAGAAUGCUUUUGCAAGACGAUGGUUUUAUGAGGUGGAAGACUGGAUUCAAUUUGAAGAAUUUGAAGAUUUUGAAGAAAGAGUUCCAAGUUAUUUUGAGCUUCAAGCCGAUGAACCUCAAAUGGAAGCUGCAGUUACACCGGUUGUACCUAGUGUCCCUGCCGCAGAAAAUAUAACAGAAACAUGCCAAGUCUGUGGCGAAACGUUUGAUCUUUUUUGGGUUGAAGAUGAAGAGGAAUGGCAUUUGCGUGAUGCAGUACGACAUGAUGAGCAGGUUUAUCACCCAGCUUGUUAUGAAGAUUUUAAGAAGGCAUCUGAAGCAGAGAAACAGGAAUUAGAAAUAUCAGUUGAUGAAAACCUUGAAAAAGAAAUACUUGAACUUUUGAACUGUAUGUUUUGUAAAGUUAGUGAUUCUUAUGUUAAAGAAGAGAGUGAAAGUGAAACACAUUUGUUGGAAACAAAUGAUUUUGCUGAAAAACCUUCUCAUGGAGAGAAACCAGAAAUAGAUGAUGAUAUUUUAGAAGGAAAGCCAGGUGAAGAAGAGAUAAUUGGAUUAAUCUCUGAACCAGAUAUGGAGAUUGAAACAGAUCUUCCAAAGUCAGAACCUGAAAUGAUUGUUAUGCGCUCAGGAGGAAUUACCUUAAAAGUGAAAGCUGAAAGUCUGAAAUCAUCUUCAACACGUCCAUCUAGUUCAACAAAAGAUACAACAUCUAGAGACAAUAUUUCAGAAAGUGAAGAUGGUGAUGAUGAUGAUGAUGAUUUCCGUCCACCUACACCAGAUCCUAAAUUUCAUGUAAUGCCUCGGGUUAGAAAGGGGAGAGAGUUAUCAGGUUUGUGUUGUAUACAGUAAGAUGUAUUUCUAUUAGUAUAUGUAAAAAUUCUGCAUUGCAGUAUUGAAAUGAUGUGUCUAAAAGUAUGCAUGCAGUUGUGUGAUUGUGGAAAAAAGUAAAAAUGUACAUUUUGAAGUAUUGAAACAAUUUAUCUUUGAGUGUGCAUGUAGUUGUAUGGCUGUAGCAUGGGGAGGGAGAAAGAAAGAAACUUAUUCGAAAUUAUGUUAAAAGAAAUUUUUGAUAACUGUCCUGAGAGUUUUUUUCUUUUAAUUUAUGUAAAUAAUGUUUAAAUGAAGCUCUAUUUGAAGUCUUAGAAAUUAUGUAACUUUUAUAGUGCUGAAUGCAUUUUGUAUCAUACUUUUCAUUUAUAUUAUGUUAAAAUAUAAAGAAAAAUAUAGUACCUGAAAAUAAUUUAUAGUUUAAAAAUCCGCCAUAAGUAGUAAUGCAGUUUAUUUCCUUUUGUUUUAAUCAAGUGUUUUUCCAUAUUUGUGUGAAGUCUAGGAUAAACAAGAUUUUGUUCUUCUUAUGUAAAAUACUUAACAACAUCAUUGCAAAUUAUGAAUGUGAAAUUAUUAUAUUGUGUUGAAAUUUUGAAGUACCAUAUUGAUAUUGUUGAAGAAUCUUAUGUUUGUUGUGUAGUAAGUAUUCACAUGAAAUUAUUCUAUUGCAUUCUCCCUCUAAGUAACCCAGUUUUCAGCGUAAGAAAUGUGUUACCCAUUAUUCAUUUCCAGUAAUACAAUUUUAUAUGUAAAUUUUAAACAUCUGAAGUACGCAACAGCAGGGAAGCCAGUUAACAUCCAUAACUGAAAAUAAAUGUUCGACUUGACUGCUGAAAAUAUUGUACUUAUGUCAUAACGCCUGGAGCUAAGACAUAGAGCUAUAUUUAAUAUUGUGUAAAUUUAGCUCAAAUACUCUUAGUUGUGGAUUUACCCCCUUUUUUAUAUGAAAAACUAUCAUCAUAUCUUUUGUUAUAUAUUAAAAUAUGACUUAUU